AUGAUUAGAAAUAUAAGUAAAAGUAUUGUAAAUUUAAAUUCUCAAAAAAUUGCAACAAAUACUUCAUUUAAAGAACUUGUACUUGAAUCAAAAAAGCCUGUUAUUGUAGAUAUUAGGCCAUGUUAUUAUACACCAACAAAGUUUUUAAAUAAAGAAUUAUUUGAAGCAAUUAAAGAAAAAAAUGAUACAUUUGAAUUAGUAACAAUUGAUUUCGAUGAAGAAUAUGAAUUGGCAAAGCUUUUAAAAAUUCAAAGUUUUCCAACUAUAAUUGGUUUUUCAAAUGGUAAUUUCUUAAAAAAACAUACUGGUCCAUUCCGUAGUAAAAGCCAUAUCCUUGAAUUUUUAAAUCACAUUGAAACUGAACAUAAAAAAAAAUAUUAA